CCGCCAACGAACCCACCGAUCCGGUCCCGCUCGCCCGCCGGCUCGCCGAGUCAACGGCUUGACUGCGCCCGCCACGCUCGCUGCCCUCGCUGCCUGCCGCUUAAGAGCAUGCCUCCGGCGUCGUUUUAUCUUCUUCCCCCUGGCUCCCCCUCCGUUCCGCGCUCGGGGAAACUUCCAACUUCCAAGCCCGAGAGAGGAAAAAAGGCGCCGUCUUUAACCGACCGACACCCUCCUUCCCCGACGGGGUUGCUUGCUGGGGCGGCCAGGCUAUUGGAUUUCCGGCGGCUCCCGGUUCGCGUGGCGGCGGGGUUGGGACACUCCGCGGGUCGCGUCUCGGCGGUCGCGUCCACCGCCUCCUUCGCCGUUGUGGUUCGGGAUAUGAUGGCUGCUGUUGAAUGUUGAUGAAAUUCAGUUAUAGAUACUGAGCUGUCAUCUAAGUUAAAUUAAACACAGCACAACUGUGUGCACUGAGAGUUUGAAACACGUCAGCAAUGAGUUGUUUUUCUCACUUUUUCAAGAGGAAAACGGGGCCGCAACGACAAGACGAUCCGGCUAGUGAUUACUUCACUGGUUCUGAGAAUAUAACAAGAUACAGCUAUAGGGAACUGGUUAGAGCAACAUCAAAUUUUGACCAAGCCAAUAAGAUUGGUGAGGGAGGUUAUGGUCCUGUCUACAAGGGAACGCUCAAGGAUGGAACAGCUAUUGCCGUAAAGGUUCUGUCUUUACAUUCUAGACAAGGUGCAAAUGAGUUUCUCAAUGAGCUUCUUGCAAUCUCUGAUGUUGCACAUGAGAAUCUUGUCAAACUCUAUGGCUGCUGUGUAGAAGGGAACCACAGGAUCCUUGUCUACAAUUAUCUUGAGAACAAUAGCCUUGCACAUACCCUUCUAGGUUCAGGGCAUAGCAACAUCCAAUUCAACUGGAGAACUCGAGUAAAUAUCUGCAUCGGUGUUGCCCAGGGAUUGGCUUUCCUCCAUGAUAGUGUCCGCCCUCACAUUGUUCACCGCGACAUCAAAGCGAGCAAUAUCCUUCUUGAUAAGGACCUUACACCAAAAAUAUCUGAUUUUGGUCUGGCAAAGCUUCUACCUUCGGAUGUAUCACAUGUUAGCACAAGAGUCGCAGGAACUCUAGGUUACUUGGCUCCAGAAUAUGCGAUUCGAGGACAAGUGACACGGAAGGCAGAUGUCUACAGCUAUGGUGUUCUGCUCAUUGAAAUAGUUAGUGGAAGAUGCAAUACUGAUACGAAAUUGCCCUAUGAUGAUCAGAUUCUUCUUGAGAAGACAUGGAGAUACUACGACCAGGGGAAUCUGGAGAAGAUCAUAGACAGUUCUCUAGGCGACGACCUGGACAUCGAUGAAGCCUGCAGGUUCCUGAAGAUUGGGCUCCUCUGCACCCAGGACGUCACGAAGCGGCGGCCAGGCAUGUCAGCAGUGGUGGCCAUGCUGAAAGGCGAGGCGGAAGUGGACACUCAGAUGAUCAGCAAGCCCGACGUGAUCAGGGACUUCAGGGACCUGAAGCUCCGGAGCAGGGCCACGUCGUCGACGCUGCUGACCUCCAUCAUGGCGCGCUCAUCCCCGCUGUCGUCUGAAGAGACAACGCGCACCUCCAUCACCUUCACGGCGAUAUCAGAGCGCGACUGAUGAUCGGGGAUGAGGUUGACUGCGACUGCAACCGAUUAACUAGAGCAAAUUGUAUGUAGCAUAGGCGAGAAUUCUUUUUGUUGGUUGUAUGAUUCGUGUGCAUAGAUGUGCUUUCCCCCUGUUAUAGAGCAUAUGAACAAAUUGGUUAUACCUUCAGAGCAAGAAUCAACCUGUGAAGUAAAGAAAUGGAAAUCUGCUCAUUUCAAA